GGUAUCACCUCUUGUAGGAAGAUCGAGUAUCACCUCCUGUAGGAAGAUCGAGUAUCUCCUCUUGUAGGAAGAUCGAGUAUCUCCUCUUGUAGGCUGAUCAAGUAUCUCCUCCUGUAGGCUGAUCAAGUAUCUCCUCCUGUAGGCUGAUCAGGUAUCUCCUCUUGUAGGCUGAUCAAGUAUCUCCUCCUGUAGGCUGAUCAGGUAUCUCCUCUUGUAGGCUGAUCAAGUAUCUCCUCCUGUAGGCUGAUCAAGUAUCUCCUCUCGUAGGAUGAUCGAGUAUCACCUCUCGCAGGAUGUUCAAAUGCCACCUAUAGCAGACGGAUCUUGAGACUCCUUUCCAGGGCGGCUAGAUAUCACCUCGUAUAGGCCGAUCAAACGGCACCUGUAGUAAGGAGACCAAGCGUCUUCUUCCUACUACGAGUCUAGUUAGUGAAUGAUCAUAUCUUAUAAGGAUAGUAUUCUAGGGCUUUCUAUCUGCCCCUGUUGGUAUUAUCCUAUUACCUAUCAGAAUAGCCCUAACAAUUGUCUUUCAAGGAUCCUAUCUUGGAUACAGUAUAACAAAAGGCCGCUAUGCCUUCUCCGACGUUCGGCUGUACAGAGGUACCUGUAGUUAUUAAAUGGGCUGAUACUGAACAACACAACUAUAUUGGCACACGAAUUCAAAAUCUCCGAAUGAAUAUACACCUCGGCACGCAGACAAGUCCCAAGUUGCUGUUUUGGUUUAGUGUAACAGUUGUAGUUGCAGCGAGCCCCGAUUCCUCUAAUACACGUACAAAAACUCUCUACUUCGUUAUCCCAGCUAGUUUACUUGGUCAUAACGAGAAUGAUGCAUGUCUCUCCUUGGAGACUCCAAACUCGGAUUGUUCUCCCGAUACUAGCACUGCUAUACGAGAGGCUGGCAUAUGUUCCGAUUAUACCUCUGUUUCCCGUAUAUGCUUUCAGCUCCCCAAUCCCGGCACGGUGUUUAUGCCUCCUAUUGAGAGGCAUGCCUUCACCCCUGCGUCGGACAAUGUUCUACAACUAUUGGUUAGCAUGCAGUCUCUUUCCCAGGCCAAACAAUUCUGGGUAUAUACAUCGCUCGAAGGAUCGCUUCUUACAAAUAUCUGGCAAAGGAUCGAUCGAAUACGCAAGGGAACCUUUACCGGUGACUUUACAACUCUGAGUGUGUAUAAACAUGGAAUGGUAUGUGACAAGUGGACGAAUUUCAAUCGGUUUGUUAGAGAGGGGAAAUCGGCGAAACAUAAAAGCACUCUUCAUGGCGUAAAGCAUAACUCGGAUGCUCCACCACUAUAUACUAGUGGAGUCUCUAGCAGAAAUUUGUCUUCCGAUGAUCUCGACCAACAGCUUGUGGAUACCGAAAGCGAUGAAGAAUUGCCUACAGAGCGGAAGCGCAAAUACAGCAAGAUAUCUUCCGGUACUACAACAUUAGGCGACUCUAAGAAUAUUACCGGUUCUAGUAUACUUAAAUCUAAUAAAUCCUACGCAGAUCAUCAAAGCUCUAGAGUUCGGUUCGUCGAGCCUACUAGCGAAGUUCCGGGCUACCUUGAAAAGCAAUUGGCUGCCUUCAUACGUUGGGUAUUAGAGAUCGACUUAUACUUAGAGAAGGAUUGUGAACAGGUCUUCUCGGAUCUUGGCGGGGCAGUAUCUUGUGGGGAUUUAACCAAAUUCAACGAAAUAAAGACCGAUUGUAUGGCGAAUAUUUAUAUCACAUAUGUCAAGAGGGGAUCUAAAUGGGUUUUGAGGAAUACUAUCUGAAAAGAGACAUACAUUUCCAGAACUCUAUUUUGAGCUAUAGUUGUGACAUUUUUGAUACGGAUAACAAUAAUUUCACCCUUCACCUUCCACCUUGGCUACUUUCUCUACGUUAUAUCCUCAAACUGUAUAGACUGGCAUUGUACUACUUGGGCUAAGCGGGGGGGGCAUUUAACCAUACAUAGUCACAUGGACUGGCUGCACAGGCCAUAUAUCACGUUUAAUGGUAUCUAUCCUCAAAAUUCCACUUUUGAUGUUCA